CGGAGGGCUGAAUCAAAAUUUGAAACACUGUGGACCCUAGAGAUCCUAAUAUACAGCAGAUGGAACAAAUUUUCCAACAAUUCAUCAUAUCUUUAAUUAUAAUUAAUAUCCUCACCUUGGUAAACAAGAAGUAAAAAAAAAAAAAAAGAAAUUGUGAAUUCCCUUUAUACUUUUAUGUCCUGUUUUUAUGAUAUCCACAAUGGUGGUGAAAAUUGAUGGUAAUUGAGAAGAAGAAAUCACCAUAAUAUGGAAGCAGCCAAUAUCUUUGGGUCCCAAUCUAAUACAACCAUAGGGCUUCGUUCGAAUGUUGCACUUGCACAAAAGUUGUUUGCAGAGGCGAUUGGGGCGUACGUGAUAAUAUUUGCAUGGUGUGGAUCAGUAGAAAUGUAUAAGCUACAAGAUGAUGAGAGUAUAACGUUUGGCAGUAUAAGCAUGACAUGGGGAGCUGUUGUGAUGGUCAUGGUUUACUCCAUGGCACAAGUUUCUGGAGCUCAUUUUAACCCUGCUGUAACUCUCAUUUUCACCAUCUUUCGUCGACUCCCUUGGAAAUUAGCAUCUUUAUACAUACUAGCUCAAUUAACAGGGUCGAUCCUAGCAAGUGGCACAUUAACACUAUUGUUAGACGUGACUUCAAAAUCUUAUUUUGGUACAAUUCCAGUUGGAUCGAAUGUCCAAUCUUUGGCUAUUGAAAUCAUCAUUUCCUUCCUUCUAAUGUUCGUUGUUUGUGGAGUUUCUACCGAUGAUAGAAUGAUAGAACACCUUGGUGGAUUAGCAAUUGGAAUGACAAUAAUCUUGAACGUCUUUGUUGCCGGGCCAAUUUCAGGAGCAUCAAUGAACCCAGCAAGGAGCAUUGGUCCAGCUAUAGUUAAGCAAGUCUAUAAAGGUCUUUGGGUGUAUAUUGUUGGGCCACUCAUAGGAACUGUGGCUGGAGCAUUUGUAUACACUUUAAUUAGAUCCACGGAUAAACCACUUCUUCAACUAGUGAAGGUCCGUUUGGUCAAGUAA